AUGGCUGAAUCAUUGGAAAUUCAAAAUGCCUUGCUAUCAAUGAAGUGCUGCCUGUGCAACCAAGUUUUAUCAGUCCCCCCCAUAAUAUCGAUUUCCGAAGAUGGAAAACAACUGAAGUGUGGAAGGUGCAAGAAUGUCGAAAAACCAUUUUGCGCUAGAAAUUUUGCUCUCGAGAACAUCUCGCAGUUUCUCUCAUUCCCUUGCAUCUACGAGAAUUGCGAUCAGAUGAUCCCGUGGAAAGAAGUGGUAGACCAUGAAGACUUUCUUUGUGCCAACAAGACUAUAAAGUGUCCAAUUUAUUACGAAUGUGAUGACGACAUUGUUGAGAUGCGAACCUUCGAAGAACACAUGAAUGAUAAACAUCCAGGGCAUUUUUUCUUGAAGACUUUGGAAGAUACACUACCUUCAAAUGAUGCUUGUAUUUAUGUUGUUAAAGACUGCAUUCGAUAUUUUUUCGUGUCGGUUACACAUAGUUCUACGACACUAGACAUAUAUUUCGCUGGUUUAAAUAAAAUCAAUAUAUUAUUCGCAUACGAAUUGAAAUUGUCCAGCAUCCACGAUGACGCUUAUUCUGUCACAAUUGAAAAUCAGCCAAUUAAUAACUAUGAUGAGAGGGAUCAUUGUUUCAAAUGCAUCGAUGAAAAAUGCGAUCUGAUACAUCAUCCGCAUUCGAGGGUGAAUGGAAAUGUCCCUGUCAACGUAACUUGCAACAAGAUUGAUCUAACUCACAUUAAACCUCUUUUUGGUGAUGAUUCUGAGAUCAAGUUCAGCAUGAAAAUCGUUCCAAAUGACUUUGAAAGGUGUAUUAAUAAGCUUGUUGAUGGAAAUAGGAUAGGAAAAACAGUGAGAAAAAUUGAUCCAACCGUUGUUGAACAAUGUGUUGAUCUCUUGAGAGAGCAGUUGAAGUGCUCUGUCUGCAUGGACUAUAUGACUCUGAAUAUUUAUAAUUGUCAAAAGGGGCAUGUAGUAUGCAAUAUGUGUAGAACUGAACAUUCUGAGUGCACUUCCUGUCAAACAAGAAUUAGAAAAUCUAGAAAUCUUCCGUUACAAAAAUUGGCUGAUGAAAUAGUGCUCACUUGCCUUUUCUCAAAAAAUGGCUGCGAGUUCACUGGAAAAUUGGUCUUACUGUCUGAACACGAGGAAAAUUGUAAACAUAAUAUUAUGUAG